CAUGUCAACUCAAUAGGUCCAUUUGAUGUGAUUUCAACAAUUUCAUCCCUCCAUUUUCACCUGUUUCCUUCAACCUUUGUUUAAACUCUCCAUAUUUUCCACACAUUUAGACUUACACACAAAUAGAUCAAUAUUCUCGAUCUAUUUCAAUUCCUCUCUAGUCAUGUCAAGUAGUGAUAGAGGCAAAGAUUUGGCUGAGGGAUCAUCGAGAUCCCCAGGAGAUCAAUCAAUAACAACACCUAGUCGAUACGAGUCCCAAAAACGACGAGAUUGGAAUACUUUUAAUCAGUACUUGAGGAAUCAGAGGCAACCAAUUCCGCUAUCUCAGUGCAAUAGCAACCAUGUACUAGAGUUUCUUCGGUACCUGGACCAGUUUGGAAAGACUAAGGUUCACUUACAAGGUUGUAUGUUCUAUGGACAACCUGAGCCCCCGGCUCCUUGUACUUGUCCGCUCAGACAAGCUUGGGGAAGCCUUGAUGCACUCAUCGGUAGGCUUCGAGCCGCCUACGAAGAAAAUGGCGGCUCGCCUGAGACGAAUCCAUUUGCUAGUACUGUGAUUCGUGUGUAUCUUAGGGAAGUGAAAGAGUGUCAAGCUAAGGCCCGUGGCAUUGUGUAUAAGAAGAAACCAAAGAAGGCUAGCCCCAGCAAAGGAGAUGAUGAUUCCAGUUCUUCAGGCUUCCUCUCAUUUUCAUGA